AUGAGGCGGGUCUGCGUAUCUUCGCAUUUUACCUCAACUUCCCGCUCCAACAAUACUGGGAUAAUAUUUGGCCAAUUAGGUAUAACUUGCGGCUGGAAGAGCCCAGGGCACGACCCUAGGUAUUUCUACCUGAUGACUGGAUUAUUCUUGUUGACCUCUCCCAGCCCUCAGGAUUUUGGUCUCGCCUGCGCCUAUUGCGGAGCCCCCAACCCCACCCUGCGGUUAUCAACUGCCUCCGCCGCCGUCCAUUUUCUGCCAGUCAUUGUCGUUGCAUUCCCGCUAUCUUCAAUAGGGCCAAUGCACGUCGCUGCGAGUCCUGUGACUGCGUCCGGAUGGAGCGCAUCAAUUGAUCGCUAA